CGGCCCCUUGCGCCGUGAGGCCGUGGGGCGGGGCGGUGUUGCUGUAUGCCCGGCCCCUCUGCCCCCCUCCUGGCAGCUGCCCCGGGGCCGCUGUGGGCUGCGUUCGCCCGAAGGGAGUCCACCAGCGCCGCUUGGCUGAGCCUGGGGGCUCAGGGGGAAGCUGAGGCCAGGCAUGGGCCUGAUCUUCGCCAAGCUGUGGAGUCUCUUCGGUAGCCAAGAGCACAAAGUAAUCAUAGUGGGACUUGAUAAUGCUGGAAAGACUACUAUUCUUUACCAGUUCUUAAUGAAUGAAGUGGUUCAUACUUCUCCAACAAUAGGAAGCAAUGUAGAAGAAAUAGUGGUGAAAAACACUCAUUUUUUAAUGUGGGAUAUUGGAGGACAGGAAUCAUUACGGUCAUCAUGGAAUACCUAUUAUUCAAACACAGAGUUCAUCAUUCUUGUUGUUGACAGCAUUGAUAGAGAGCGACUUUCUAUAACAAAAGAAGAACUUUAUAGAAUGCUGGCUCAUGAGGAUUUACGGAAGGCUGCUGUUCUCAUCUUUGCAAACAAGCAGGACAUGAAAGGUUGCAUGACAGCUGCUGAGAUAUCUACAUACCUCACCCUCAGCUCCAUAAAGGAUCACCCAUGGCACAUUCAGUCCUGUUGUGCUUUGACAGGAGAAGGAUUAUGCCAAGGCUUGGAGUGGAUGACUUCCCGCAUUGGAGUGAGAUAGCUGCUUUUCCUACACUUCCACCCCUUAAUCCCCCAGAAAAGAAGAGACUUCUAUUUAUCCUGUGAACAUGUACAUUUUUCUGUACUUCUGGCUGCUGAAGCAGUGACCAUGUUUAAUUUAUAUCAGCCAACCCCCAGGCUGUACUUGAAUCAAGUGCAGUUGAACUGAAAUGCAAAGUAUUUUCUUAACUUUUUUUUUUAGCAAACUAAUCUUCAACUGGAUGAUCAUAUAUGAAUCUGGUUUUAAGCAUUGAAAUUCCUCUGAAUAUGUAUUCUAACUUUUUCAAUGAUAGCUUUUUAAACUGUUUUGUCAUUGUCAAUAUUUCGCACUUCCUCUUUCUAAAUAGUUUAUAUAACUGACUAACAUAAAUGAGCGCAGUUUGUUUAACAACAAAAAAGUAGCAAGUAGGUUGACUUUACUCUGACACAGCUUUAGCCUCUGAGGAUAACCAUAUCUCCAACUGGGCUUCCUGGAACAUUAGCAGAGUCCUGGCCAGCACAGAAGUUAAUAGUUGUUCAGCUUUUAAAAAAUUGCAUUUAUGAGUUAUAGUUAAAAUCAUGGUGGCUUUUAACCUGUUAUAUAAUCGAGCUUCUGCCUCAAAAGAAGUCUGUUUCAUUCUUAGUUUCUGUGGUACAUAGAUCUAAGAUAUGAUUCUUUUACUUGAAAAUACAUCUCUACAGUGGUUAAAAAUUUGUUAAUAAGUGCUGGUUUAGUAAUUUAGAACUUGAAUAUCUUUUUUAAAAUAAACUUCUUGAUAAUUAAAUUUGGAAUCAUGGCAGUCAGUGUUAUGUAUAGACUUACUGUAACCUGUUAAAUUUUUUAAUACUGCAUACAUGAGCCUUCCUCACCUUUUUGUGAGAGUGCUGUUUCCUAAAUGAAUGCAAAAUUAAAAAGGAAGCCAGAUUUAUAAACAAGACAGAGUCACGGUGCUAUAUCUGGAGACUUCAGAGCAAAGCUGAUAUUGACGUUUAUUUACGUACUGUCAAAUAUGUUUUCAGAUUUUGUUGCUGAAAAACUAUUUUGCCUUAAUUUUUGUUUUUAGUUUUAUUUGCUGGAGCAGAGAACCUUUGGUGUUCAAAUUAGAUUAAUUCACCUGAAAUUUAGGAACUGGAAGUUGAAAAGGGAGAGCUUCCAUGUGAAAAAACAGGUGGUGAAAGAUUGGACCUAGUAACUCUUAAAUCAAUUUGAAGAGGAUGAAUAAUGAAGUUAGAUCUGUAAAGGAAAUCGAGCGCUAUGGAUGAAGUUAAUUGAGAACUUUAGGCGCCAAAAAAACCCCUAACCACCAAAUCUGAGAAAAAAACAAACAAAAAAUGCCACAAAACAAUAGUGGACAUAAAAUAGUGAAAUCCCAGCAGCAGUCGGGUAUCUAUCCUAUAUAAAUGCUUGACAGACUUUCCUAAAGCACCAUUCUGCACUUUUGCAUGCCUAAACGCCACAUGGAGUCUAGUUACUAGAACCAUUUUGCUAAUUGACUGUAGGCCUUAUUGACAAAAUGUUUUUGUUGUAAAUCUUGUUUUGAUAAUUCAAGCAGACUGAGUUUUCUUUAAUAAAAUUUUAUGGCGUGUAAAUUUCAAUUUGCUUUCAUUUUCAUUUGAACAAAGCUUAAUGAAAUUUUAAAAGUUGUCCUGAAUGUUAAAGCAAAGUCUUUGAAUACAUGUGGGAACAGUGACUGAUUGAAUGAAGUUGUGUAUUAAUGUUGAUUAGCAAAAGUCACAUUUAAAAGAGAGACUAUGUUGAGUGUCAAGUCAGUGCUCAGAAAAUAGAUCGUUUAAAAGUAUUGCUUAAAGAAGAGAGGAAUGCAAGGCAAGGGUAAAAUGUGAUCCUAAAAGUUCUUGCUCUGAUAUUCAUGUUAACAACUGUUCUAAUGUGUGAAAGUAAGAUUUGUUGUUAGGGAAGCAAAUGAUAAGUGAAAAAAUAAAAUGAUGCUGUGAAUGAG